AUGGUGAGCCAAUGCGAAAGUGAUAUGUUGCUCAAAUCAUUGCUUAACACAAUAGUAAGUUGCAAAAAAAAUUGUGUUCUUAGCCACUACACUGUAGAAUUGCUCCAAGUUUUGAAUUGUUGGAAGAUUUCAAGGGUAAGCUCUGUAAUUUAUGCUUUAUUUAGUAUUGAUUAUAGGAAAGCGUCUCCGAAGAUUUCAAAGAAGAAGACGAGGUUCUUGGUGGCGGGGGCCACUGGGGGACUAAAUCAGCAGAGAAAUCAGAUUGUUGAUAUUGUUGUUAUUGCAAGAAUUCUUGAGGCUGCAUUGGUUGUGCCAGUCUUGCAGGUUAAUCUGAUCUGGGGAGAUGAAAGUGAGUUUUCAGAUAUAUUUGAUGUAAAACAUUUCAAGAGGACUUUACAUGCUGAUGUACGCAUUGUAUCAUCUCUGCCUUCCACACAUUUGAUGUUAAGGAAAACCAUUGACCAAAUUCCUUAUGAUCUUUCUCCACUCUGGAUUCGAACCAGAUUCUUUAGACAACUGAAUGAAGAUGGUGUUCUGGUGUUGAAAGGUUUAGAUUCUAAACUUUCAAGGAAUCUUCCUUCUGAUCUGCAGAAGCUUCUAUGUGAGGUAGCCUUUCAUGCAUUAAGAUAUGCAGCACCAAUUACGGAGCUUGGAAAUCGGCUUACAAGGGGAAUUUGGAUUGAAGGCCCUUUCAUUGCUUUCCAUCUCCAGCGAGAGAAGGAUGUGUGGGUCAGAACUGGAUGUCUCACUGGUUUAGGCACAGAAUAUGAUGACAUCAUCACCAAGGUUCGAGAGUCUCAACCUGAAUACCUGACAGGAAGGUUAAACAUGACCUACAUUCAACGAAGACUUGCUGGACUAUGCCCUCUGAAUGCAUUAGAAAUGGCAAGGUUCCUAAAGGCUCUAGGAGCACCCAGAAGUGCACGGGUAUACAUUGCAGGAGGUGAGCCAUUUGGGAGAAACAAGGCUUUGCAGCCACUUGUGGCAGAAUUUCCAAAUGUUGUGACCAAGCAGAAGUUGGCACAAAAUAGAGAACUCACACAGUACAUUAACAUGUCAUCAGCUCUGGCUGCCAAUGACUACAUUGUCUCCCUGAGCAGCGAUGUCUUUGUACCUUCCUACGGUGGAAAUAUGGGAUCAGCAAUGCAAGGUCAUCAUGCCUACGUUGGGCAUAGGAAAUAUAUAAAGCCAAACAAGCGAGGCAUGCUUUCUUUUUUCGAUGAUACCUCCAUUUCUGACGCAGAAUUUGGAAGCAUCAUGAGGAAACUCCACAGAAAAUCUCAGGUGCAGCCUGAGAUGAGAGCUAACUGGAGAGAUAGAGAUGUGAUUGCAUACCCCAUACCCGAGUGCAUGUGCAGACACAGUACAGGCAUAUUUUGA